AUCAAUAUUAUGAUGGCGGAGUUUGACAGCAUUGACGUUUCGGUUGUUUUGUCGUGAAGAUGUUGCAAAUAUUUCUGUUUGAAAGUGCCAUUUGAUAGUGUUUCAUGUGCGUUUUGGUUCUUUAAGGACUGGAUUAUGCGAGCAAAAUGUAGAGGUCGGAGAUUAGGUUCUUAGCGCUUCAAUUUUUUCGUUUUAUUUAUGCUUACGCGAAUGGAAUAUGCGCUUCUAUUGAUUUGGGAUCUGCUGAUAGAACAAUAAACAAUUUCCCUGUGACCAGUGGUGCUGCAAGAAAUAUGGAGAGCAUUGGGGAUUUCGAGUACAACUCCAAGGAACUGAUUGGUCAUGGUGCCUUCGCUGUUGUCUACAAAGGCAGACAUAGGAAGAAUCCAUCUCUUGUUGUUGCUGUCAAGAGCAUUACCAAGAAGAGCCUGGCCAAGUCGCAGAAUCUCUUAGGCAAGGAAAUCAAAAUACUUAAGGAAUUAACUGAACUUCAUCAUGAAAACGUUGUGGCUUUGUUGGACUGCAAAGAGUCCAGUCAUAAUGUAUUUCUGGUCAUGGAGUAUUGCAAUGGAGGAGAUUUGGCUGACUACUUGAAUGUUAAAGGAACGCUGAGCGAAGACACAAUCAGGCUGUUUUUAGUACAAUUGGCUGGAGCAAUGAAAGCGUUGUAUAACAAAGACAUUGUUCAUCGAGAUCUGAAGCCGCAGAACAUCCUUUUGGCGCAUAGUGGAACGAAGCCACAUCCACAACCAUCCGAGAUUAGAUUGAAAAUAGCGGAUUUUGGAUUUGCAAGAUUCUUGCAGGACGGCGUCAUGGCUGCAACUUUGUGCGGUAGUCCAAUGUAUAUGGCCCCUGAAGUCAUCAUGUCCAUGCAGUACGAUGCGAAGGCUGAUCUUUGGAGUUUGGGAACCAUAGUUUUCCAAUGUUUGACUGGAAAAGCGCCGUUUCAGGCGAACACUCCGCAGGCUUUGAAGCAGUACUACGAGAAAAAUGCAAAUUUAGCACCCAAAAUUCCUGCUGGGACUAGUCCGGAGCUGAGUGAAUUGUUGAACGGUCUGUUGAAGCGAAACGCAAAGGAUCGCAUGAACUUCGAGACGUUUUUCAAUCACAAGUUCCUGCAGAGGCCCGAACCUCAGCAACCGCAGAUCCCGGUGGAUCUGCCGAUGCCGCCUACCGUUUACGGAUCACCAACAAUAACCAAAGUGUCACUGAGGGCUGUGACUCCGAUAAAAGUGGGAACUCCGCCCAGAUCGAUGCCCACACCAGAAUAUUCAAAGUUACCCAAAACGGCUUUAAGUUCAAGCUUAGAAGAUGAUUUCGUCCUAGUACCUUCUAAUCUGCCCACCACCGAGCAUUCCAACGAUAAUACACACGAUAGAUAUUACAAGGUGGUGGCGCCCGUUAGAACCACGCUGCCUCAGCCAUGCGUACCUGUUAUAACACCGCUGAGACCCAGCACGUUACCAAUCUCGGAGCCUAUACCCGUUCCUACCCAAAGACAUGUAUACGAAAAGUUAAACAAUCCGCAGGAUAAGAGCACGGAGCAAUCGGUUGCGAAGAGCUCCGUGCCGAGAUCGCAGCCGAUCAAUAUGAAAAGAUCGGAAAACCGCGUCGUUCACAACGACAUCGAUAUAAGUUCACUCUCUCCUCCUUCGGUUCAGUUCGUGAUUGGUACACCUCCAAGUGGCGGACGUCGUCGCACGUCCUCCAGCGGAUCCAUAAGCGAGACUCCGCCACCUCCGAGUAUAUGGCAAGUCUCGCCUGUAACCAGACACAUACCCAGCAGCUCGCCUCUAAGACGUUCAGAUAAUUGUUUGAGUACUUCUCCAGUUUUAAGCGGCCCACUGGCCAGAGUGCCCAUUCUGAGCAGCCCAAAUUUGUCCGAUAACAACAAUCUACGGAACUCGCCGAUUAUACCGUUCGGAACUAGGCCUGUUACGCUACCAAACAUUUCAGAAAUGUGCAAUUUUCAAAGCCUCUUUGGUGACAAUAACGCUAUUGAACCGGAGCGCACAUUCAUCGCUCCCGAACUUCCUGAAGAAACUUUACUUGAAAAAGAGCAUAAUGAAACAUUGGCUAAGAUCAAUUACGUGCUCGCUUUGAGCAAUUGCGUUUUGGAGUUUGCGGCUGCACGUUCUACACCUCUUGGAGCUUUGGUAGAUGCUUCGACACAGAUGCAACCUCAAACCGAAAUGGGACGACGCGCUGAGCAGUUGGUUCUUUUAAUAAGAGCUCUGCAACUGCUCAGCUCCGGUUUGUCUCUUGCUACUCAGCAAUUGAACAGCGGGCAGUUGCGACCUAGUAGCACCGUCAAAACUGUAAUGACUGCUUUGAACACAAAGUUUCGAUCAACACUAGCCGAAUGCAAGCAACUCAACAGCAUCGGAUUGCUGAGCAAAGUGGGAUCAGCGAACGUUGCCGCUGAUAACAUCCUGUACAAUCAUGCGAUUCAAAUCUGUCAAUCGGCUGCUUUAGACGAGCUCUUCGGAAAUCCCGAAGAAUGUUUUCAAAGAUACCAGACGGCCCAAAUACUCUUGCACAGUUUAUCCCAGCAGGUUCAUAAUCCACAGGAUAGACAACGUUUAACAAAAUAUAAAGAAGCGGUGGAGAAACGUCUGUACGUAUUGCAACAGCAAGGGUACAUCUACGCAAGGGACUGAGCUUUCACUAAGGAAAACACUUUUUAAUAAGGGCACAUCUUAUUUUCAGUUAGUUUUAUUUGAAUCGAUUAACGUUUAGUUUACCAUUACUUAUUAUUUCAUAGAUGGUUAUAUAUAAAUAUUUAAUUUUAUAGGCAGCAAACUCAAUAAAAAAUCAUACCAAAAAGUAUGAGACAAAAAAAAAACACUAAUGAUGAUGAAGAAGAAAACUAAAUACGUAUAAGUAAACAUGUAAUGGAUAUAAAAAAA